UUUCCGCGAGGCGCUGCCAUAGGUUUGAAUGCAGCGAGGGCCCAGAAACGAAACCGAUCGCGGCGCAGCCCGGCUUAUAGGGGCUGGACUGAGUCAGCCCCAGCUCAGUCGCCGCCGCAGUCGCAGCCCGGGGGCAGGACCCGCCAGCGCCGGGCGGCAGGAGCCGGAGCGCAGCCGGGCAGAGGGGCACAAAGUUUCCUUCCCUCCAUGUGGGCGCCGGGGUUCUUAAACUUGCUUUUAAACUUGCGUCGAUGGCCAGGAAGGGUGAACCGAGCUAGGACCCUGCCUGCUCCUUGGAGCCUUCCUGAGCAUCUGAUCUAGUUUUAGAGAUUCGUAGCUGUUUUUACUUGGCCACUGGGGAAAAUGCCUGCCGUUAACGGCCUCGUCCCCCUGAUGCUGGACGGCCUGCAGAAGCGGCUGGAGCUGUGCCUGGUGUGUUCCAGGUGCAGCGUGAGGGAGAACGAGAGCACCUACGGGCGGAGAGAGGUGGAGCAUCGCUGCAUGCAUGAGAUCCUCCUGGCCCAGUGCAGAAGCAAGAGGAGCCAGCUAUGGAAGAAGGUAGGCAGGAGGCCAGGCUUCCCAAACCCAGCACAUUACGAGGUCUGCAGAUACUACUCCCCCGGCUCAGGGUGCCACAAGCACAGGAACCAGUGCACCUUUGCCACCAGCAAGGAGGAGGCAAUGGUGUGGAACUUCGAGAGAGAGCACGACCUGGAGCGGCAUGUGCUGAAAGCCAUGGUGCUCCAGGCACAGACGGCAGGCAGUACAAAAGGCCUCCCAAGCCAGGAAGCGCCCAGCGCCGCAGGCAAAAUCCAGAGUGAGUUUGGGGGGCAGUUCCAGGAGAUCUGCAAACUCUGCUUUUACCAAAGUCCCCAGAGAAUAUCCUUUGGGGGGCUGGCUGGGCUCUGUGAGGAGCACAGUGCUUGGAAAGCUCUCCUGGUCCAUGUGGUUACCGACGGAAGGAAGAAGAAGCAGUAUACGGCAAUCAGGCCAUGGCCGGAGUUCAUGUCACAGCUCAGCUACUGCAUGUUCGUCUCCAGAGGCAACCCGUGCAAGCAUGGGGCCCAGCGGUGUAACUACGCGCACAGCGAGGUGGAGAUGGCGGUGUGGGAGGCUGAGCAGAAGCGUGGCCUGGUGCGCUCGGACCUGCUGCUGGCCAUGGUGACGGGCAGCGAGAACGGUGACGAGCCAGUGCAGCCCCAAGUCCAGUUCUACUGCCGGGCCUGCUUGGUGACCUUCAGCUCCCAGGAGAGCUUUGAGAACCACUGCUCCCUGGUGGAGCACGCACAGAUGGUCUCAGCCGACACCAUGAUCCAGUGGGCUCACCGCACGCCUCCCUAUGGGCUGACCACAUUUACACUGUGCAACAGAGGGGACAUUUGCGAAUAUGGCGAACGGUGCACCAAAGCCCAUUCUAUGGAGGAGCUGCAGGAGUGGAUCCAGAGAGCGAAGGCUGCUGAGAGGAACAAGAAAUCUGCCAGGAGAGAUGGGCUCCUCUCCUACCAGGACCGUCUAAUUGCUGAGUACAAGGAGUGCCGUAACGAAGUGUUCAUUCUUUCUGAGCAGGUUGAUGGCAUCAUGGUUACCUGCGAGCAGCCCAUGCGGGUGCAUUCAGAGGACAGGAAGAUGCGAUACUGGUGGAAGUUCAAAGUUCACUCCCAGAUGCCUCUGAGGCAUGUGGCGUUAUUGAAGAGAGAUCCCGGAGCCACCUUCUUCCUGGCAGGGGAUGGGUUCCCACGGGGCCUCACCUACAUCCGGGGAGAGCGGUUGAAGGCUCUGCCGUCACCGCCGCUCUCGUGCCUGGUGGAGGUCUGCAUGGAGUGCUGCACGUUCGGAGUCUAUGAGCAGUGGGUUGUCUUUGACUUCGGCACCCGCCCCGUCCUGGUGCGGAAAAUCCAGGCCAAGAUUGGCAAGCGGGAGCUCCCUCGGCACGUCCCAGCUGGCAUGGAGGGCAGCCGCUUUGUGAAUUUUCAGCGCUGGCACAGCGGCAACCGGGUGAUCGUUCCCAGCGUGGAGAUGACCAGUGAUGAGGUGGACCUGCUAGCCAAGUACAAAGCGCCAACGCUCUCCCUGGAGUUCCGGCCUGGCAGCACUAUGAACAUGCCCAUCACCCACCUCAACUACAGGGAGAGGAUGCACGACUUCCUGUUCCGAGAGGAGGAAGCUGAGCAGACCCUCAUUGACAAGCUCAACCUCCAGGUCACCAUAUCCUUGACCCCGAUGCUGCAGACCCUGUCCAUGGGGAUGAAGUUCGCCCUCCCUGGUGAGCUCUUUGCUGAAGUACCGACCCCUUGUGCCCUAACACCGGACACCAACGAGGGGUACCUGCUGAGCCGGUCUGUGAGCACCGCUUUCCUGGUACCUGACCCACCCACAGACAACCGGGUGUACGAGGUCAAGGUGGAAAGCAAGGCCAUCACGGAGAAGAGCAUCUGGCUCCUCAUCCCCAAGAGAUGCUGCUCCGAGCUUGGCUUCCAGCAGGGCACCUCCCGCAAGGUGGAGAUCCAGUUCCAGAUCGACCGACUGCAGUUCCGGCUGUGGCACUACGCGGUGGACCAGCUGCUGGACGAGCGGCUGAUCCUGCCCGACGUUGCAGCCUGUUCCAUCCCUCACUCCCCCACGCUGCUGCUGAGCGGGAACAAGAAGCAGAUGCAGGCCAUCUCCUUCAUCACCGGCCAGGCCACCAGCACCAGGCAGGUCCCUCCUCUUCUGAUCUAUGGGCCUUUUGGCACAGGGAAGACCUUCACCUUGGCCAUGGCCACCCAGGAAAUCAUCAAGCAGCCCAACACACGAGUGCUGAUCUGCACACACACCAACAGUGCGGCUGACAUCUACAUCCGUGAGUACUUCCACGAGUAUGUCACAAACGGGCACCCUGGGGCAGUCCCGCUGAGGAUCAAAUACACAGACCGUUCCAUCAGCCUGACCGACCCCAUCACUCAGCUGUACUGCUGCCUUUCUCCAGACCAGAGGACCUUCAGGCAACCCACUCAAGCAGAGAUCGACAGGCACCGCAUUAUCAUCACCACAUCCAUGCUGUCCAAGAACCUGAGGGUUCCCCCUGGAUAUUUUACCCACAUCUUGAUAGAUGAGGCAGCUCAGAUGCUGGAAUGCGAAGCUCUGAUCCCGCUCUCGUAUGCUACUUUUGAGACCCGAGUUGUCCUAGCUGGGGACCACAUGCAAGUGACCCCUAAGCUGUUCUGCCUGGGAGGUGAGCAGUCGGCCGACCACACCCUGCUGAAUCGCCUCUUCCAGUACUACCAGAAGGAGAAACACGAAGUAGCUCUGAAAAGCAGGAUCAUCUUCAACGAGAACUACCGCUCCACUGCCGGCAUCAUCGAGUUUGUCUCCAAGCAUUUCUACGUCAGCAAAGGCAACACCAUCCAUGCCAGUGGCAACAUCCCACCCCACCCUGAGCUCCACCCGCUAAUGUUUUGCCAUGUGCCCGGCUCGACCGAGCGGGAUAUGGCCAUGACGUCCUGGUACAAUGUCUCCGAGAUCAUGCAGGUGAUCGAGAAAGUGCAAGAGAUGCACCAGAAGUGGCCAGAUGAAUGGGGAGCCCGGGACCUGAAGAGAAUCUGUGUGGUCUCCCACGGCAUGCAGGUCAGUGCAAUAAGGCAGGAGCUGAGGAAGAAGCAUCUGGGAGAGGUGGCAGUGGAAAACUUCGAAAACUUACCAGGGAGGGAGUUCCGGGUCAUCAUCAUCAGCACAGUUCACACCAAGGAAAGCCUGCUCAGCUCCGCCUCCCCCAACAUGGAGUUCUUCAACGAAGCGAGGGUGCUGAACACCAUCAUGACGAGGGCCCAGUCGCAGGUCAUCGUGGUGGGAGAUGCUGUGGCCUUGUGUUCCUAUGGCCAGUGCAGCAAGGUCUGGAAGCGCUUCCUUCAGGAGUGCAUCGAGAAGGGCAGCGUGUCUCCGGAAACGCUGACGCUGGAGCAGAUUAAGCAGGCAGUGUCGGACAAGCAGAGCUGGAUCCGGGGAAGCGCGGAGCAGCAGCAGCUGCGUGAGGAGGAUGAUGACAGCGACACGGAUUCCUGGGCCUCUGAAUUGGAUAAUGCAAAUCCCGAUGAUCCCAUUCUCCAGGAGCUCCUGGAUGAGAGCAAGAACGUCCAGGUGACCGUUUCCGAAGAAGGGUUGCUGAACGUGAACUCCGAGGCGUCGGCUCAGCAGAACGGCUGGCUGGAAUAUGUCAACUUCUCCUCUCACACAAUGCAGGAAUAUCUUCGCAUGCACCCCAAAAUGUACAAGAGGUGUGAGCUGGUCAAAGAGGGGUUUGACAGAGCAUCUGCCUUCGCCUUCGAUGACUCGCCUCCCCUCACCAUUCAGAUCAAAGGCAGAGUUCGCUGUGGCAUGGCUUUCACUGGCGACGAAGUGCUAGUGGAGCUCCUUCAGACCUGCGCCCCUGAGGGCGGCACCCUCCGCCCCCAGGGGAGAGUGGUGGGGGUGCUGACGCGGGCCGAGCGAGAGCGGACCUUCAUCUGCACGAUGGAUGAGUUCGACCCCCGCGUGAUGAUCCCCAUCGACCACACCAUCACGAAAAUAUUCGUCCCAGGGCUGAAAGAAAAACCCAGUGUCGUCCCCAUCCGCAAACUGGUGAAGGGAAAGUACCAGGUGAUCAAGUGUGAGAAGAUAAACCAGGAGAUGAAAAGAAGUCAGCUCUUCUGUGUCCAAAUUAUCUCCUGGCGGGAAGGUUUUUACUACCCUCUGGGCAUAGUAACAGACAUCCUGCCCAUGGCUUUGACUCUGGAAGAAGGCUUGAAGAUUCUUGAUUUGGAGUACGGUCUGGCAAAAAAGUACCCAAGCGAAGUGACCAAGGAGCUGGCCAAAAUUACCUCCAGCAAAUCCAACCCUCCCAAGGAGAAUCGGAGGGACUGCCGGGGCUACCUGACUUUUACUGUUGACCCCCCAGGCUCUAAAGAUUUGGAUGAUGCCAUAAGUGUCCGAGAUGAGGGUGAUUGUUACGAGAUUGGGAUCCACAUUGCCGACGUGGCUGGCUUUGUUUCCAAAGACAGUGCUUUGGAUAUGGAGGCGAAGAAACGAGGCAUUACUUACUAUGCCCCUGGUAAGGAGCCGCUGUGCAUGUUUCCAGCCCGGAUCAGCCAAGACCUCUGCAGCCUCCUGCCCCAAAAGGAUCGCCACGUGAUCUCCCUGUUUGUCACUGUAGAAAAGACGACAGACAGGGUGAUGAAAGGGAACUUCGCCCUGUCCACAAUCCACUCGAACCGGCAGCUGUCCUACGAGGAAGCAGAGAGCAUCAUUAAGAACCAUGACAGUGGGGAAUCGAAGGCCCUUCGCUUUGACACGCUUGAGGACUGUAUAGCUGUGGCUUAUCACUUCUCCAGGGUCCAUCGACAGUUCAGGCUGCAGGAAGACUGUUACUAUGACCGGCUGGACGAGGAAAGUACUCCGGGCAACAGGGGAUCCCACCAGAUGAUAGAGGAGUUCAUGAUCAUGUUCAACAGCUUCGUGGCUGAGUUUCUAACCAACAAAGACCACACCAAGAACGUCACUCCUCUCCGGUGUCAAAUGGAGCCCAACCCCCAGCAGGUGGCUCAAAUAAAGAACAAAUACAGCCACAUCAUCCCUUUGUCUAUUCACCUCUCACACCACCUGGGAGCUCUGCCUGCUGGCCCAGCCCCCGCUGGGCGGGGUGAGUUCAGCCUCCUGACCCCACUGUGGGAGCACCUCCAGUCAGCUGCAGACACUCAUGAUGUCCACAAGAUGCUCGACCUCAUUGCUACCGAUGACAUUCACCCAAAGCUCGCCCCCAUUGUCCUGGAGUUCAGGAGGCUGCUGAGCCGCUCCUAUUUCAGUCGCUCCAACUCGACUGCUCAGUCUAAGGCAGGACAUUACUCCUUGCACGUCGACUCUUACACCUGGGCCUCCUCCCCCAUCCGCCGAUACCUGGACAUCGUGGUCCAGCGGCACCUUCGUUCUGUGCUCUGCAAGAAGCCAGUGCUGUACUCUUUGGAGGACAUCGAAUUUCUCUGCCAUGACUUCAACAGGAAGAACUUACGGGCAGUAACCUACGAGAAGAGGGCCCAUUCCCUGCAGAUGGCCACCCGGCUGAGGUGCCAAGUCCUGCAGAAGAUCGCGUUCGUUGUGAGUGUUGAGGGAAUUGAUAGGUUCUUUAAAGCCUUGUUCCCGUUGAACAAGGAGACCCUUCCGGAUCCCCAAGUGAUCAACUAUCGGGCUCUGCAGUUAGUGGAACAGCCCUUGUUUAAUCAAGAGCGGAACAGCAUGAGGCUGACGUGGAGGCGGCGAAUGUACUCUGUGGUGAGCUCAAAGGAUCUCACCCCGCGGUUCUCGCCGCUUCGAGACCGCCACAUCACCCUCUUCAGCGCUCAGGUGUGGGAAGACGUGCUGGCGGCCAUCAGAAAGGAAGAGUUUGAGAGUGUGAUUGCUCUCCUCAGGCAGGGCCGGGCCACGCGCCAGAGGCAGGUGGGGAGAAUGGAGAGAAGCGACUGCUCGCACUAUGUGGUGCUGUCUCUAGAACUGAGUGCUGGGGAUGCUGUGCAGCUGCAGCUCACUACGGGGGUUCAUCGGGGAUUUCUGGUGCCUUCUGUGCAGCUGUGGAGCGUGACGCCAGGUUUCGACGUCUGUUUGGAGCACACGGAAAAGCCAAUCAACUGCUUCUCAGAUUAUGCCACACACGUGUCCAAGGACAAGUACAAGAAUCCAUCAGACUAUAGCAGGGUGUGGCAGCCGCUCAGUGCUAUGGAAUCUGCUUCGUGCGCUGUGGCAGAAAACGACUCUAUUGUCCUGCAGGAUGUCAAAAUAACCUGGGAUAAGCAAAGGAACAGCAAAGGGCAGCUGCAGGGGACUUUCUCCUUAACCAAAAGCUUCCUAGAGGAGUGCGCCAUUGAUGUAGACUUCAACCACUGUUACCUGUGCAUCCGGCUAGAGGGUCUGACACUCCAUGAACGCCGUGACGACGAGGCAUGUCUUAGCCACAGCCUCCAGAAACUCAGCUUGUCCAACCAGAGCGUGGCAGGUGGCAGCUUCAUGGUUGAUCCAGCUACGUACACUUGGGUAGCCCAUGGGCUGUCCGAAGAGUUUAGUGAAAAUGAGAAACUGGACAGAAGUGGUCUGAAGACUGUGAAUUUUUACAUCCAUUUUCUGUCCAUGGAGACGGUUCCUGCGGAGAUCUCCCAAGACUCAGCCAGGUUUACGGUGGAGAUCAUUCCAAAGAUGCUUCCGGAUGUCCGGAAGGAAAAUGCAAUCUGGAAACUGAAAAAUGCCUCUAUGCUCGCCAAGAGCAUAGCGCUGGGCCAGGAGCCUCCUCAGACAGCAGAGAAGAAAUCCAAACUCCUGACACAAAAAACCUUUGAUAUCUCUGGGAGCCUGAGGAAACUCAACCAAAGUCAAAACAAGGCAAUCCUAGAUGCUCUGAGAAAACCCUUCACUCUCAUCCAGGGACCACCAGGCACUGGGAAGACGGUGGUUGGGGUCCAUAUUGUCUACUGGUUCAACAAGCUGAAUGAGGAGAGGCUGGAGAAGGAACCAUCUCUGGACGAUGCGGAAAAAGCAAGAAAAUGCAUCUUGUACUGUGGCCCAUCCAAUAAGUCUGUUGACGUUGUUGCAGAGAUGCUGUUGAAGAUGAAGGGGAACCUGAAGCCUCUGAGGGUUUAUGGCGAGGCAAUGGAGUCGAUGGAAUUCCCCUACCCCGGGAGCAGCCGGCACUUCUCCCGGAAGGCCCUGCGGGAUGCAAAACCUAAGCCAGAGCUCAGUGAAAUAAUUUUGCAUCACCGAAUCCGGCAGCCGUCCAAUCCUUUUUGGCGAAAAAUCCGUGACUUUGAUGCAAAAGUGAAAAGAGAAGAGCCGAUAUCAGAAGAGGAGGUUAAGAAGUACAAAAACCUGUUGUCAGAAGCCCGUGUGCAUGAGCUGCAGCUCCACAAUGUGAUCCUGUGCACGUGCUCUGCUGCCUCUGCCGCCUGCCUUGUGGACCUCCUGAAUGUCAAGCAGAUCCUCAUUGAUGAGUGCGCCAUGUCCACUGAGCCAGAGACUCUCAUACCCCUGGUCAGCUACAAGAUGGCGGAAAAGGUUGUUUUGCUUGGGGACCAUAAGCAGUUGCGGCCUGUGGUCCACAACGAUUUCUGCAAGAGCCUUGGCAUGGAGACGUCCCUCUUUGAACGUUACCAGGACCAAGCCCAGAUGCUGGACACACAGUACCGCAUGCAAAAGGACAUCUGCGGGUUCCCAUCCCAGGAAUUUUACAGGAGCAAGCUGACAACCUGCCCUGAGCUUAAACGCCUUCCCAGCGCACUUGAACACAGACACAAAAGCAGCUGUCCAAUCAUCUUCGGACACAUAGAGGGAAAGGAGCAGAGUCUGAUGGUCUCCACCGAGGAGGGAAACGAGAAUUCCAGGGCUAACCUGGAAGAAGUGGAACAGGUGGUGAGGAUAGCAAAGCAGCUGACCCUGGAUGGCACCAUCAAGCCAGUGAGUGUUGCCAUUCUGAGCCCGUACAACGCCCAGGUGUCGGAGAUCAACAAGCGUCUCACCCAGGAGGGUGUCCGCGGGAUGACAGUUUGCACCAUCAUGAAAAGCCAAGGGAGUGAAUGGAGGUACGUGAUCCUGUCCACUGUACGCUCCUGCUCACGAUCGGAUAUUGAUAGGAAACCCACCAAAAGCUGGCAGAAGAAGUAUCUGGGAUUUGUUAUUGACCCAAACCAGGUCAAUGUAGCCAUCACUCGGGCUCAAGAGGGGCUCUGCAUUAUAGGAAACCGUUAUCUCCUGGAAUCCAACCCUUUGUGGAGAAGACUGCUAGAGCAUUACAAACAGAUGGGAUGCAGCACUUUGGCUCACGACAUUCGAGUCAGGAAGAAGUCAGCCCUUCGCUGAUGUGAAUGGAUCACAACUGGAUAAACCAGUCCCUGCCUGAAAUGUUUGAUGGGCCCAUUGGGGAACAAUGCUGUGUUCAAGCCUCUUUUCCACCCGUCAGGCAUUAACCAGUGAACAAAAGGCACCAGGGAUUGGCAAGCUGCACUUUCCUUGCAUGUUGACCAUUCACCUUAAGCUUUUUUUAAUGAAAAGGCAACCUUGGAUCAAGACUUUCAGCAUUUGCAAACCAAAAGGCUUUGGAAGUUUGCAGGGGGAGAUUGUGCUAUUUUGUGGAAGCCAAGAGAGCCUCAGGGGAAUUCCCAACCUGCCUUUUUGUGACAGCAGCUAUUCUUUGGGGACCAAAUAGAUAUUUCCACUUCAUCAGGAGCCGAAGGAUGGUGUGUGACAGACCUCCAGCUGAGCUGUGAUGUGUCAUACUAGGAUCAAGGCUGCUGACUGCUCCCACUAAUUCUGAAACCCAAGGCCAGGAAUCUGCUACAGCUAUCUCAUUUCUCAAAGCAGAAAGAACAAUCUGUGUUUUACUUUAAAUGAAGGAAGAAACAGGGAGAAAACCAGCAAAACCAAACCCAGAACAUGAAAUAUUCUUGGCCUUUAAGAAUUGGUAAAUAUCAAUUAGCCAAGGCCAAGUAUUUUUAUAAAUAGACAUAUCGACUCUUAGUGCAAAGGAGAUUCUGAUGACCAGUAUAAAGCAAAUGAAGACCAUGCAGAACAACCUCUACCAGCAGAUUUUGACAUUGUAAAGAUAUUUUUAAGCUGCCCACCUAGUUUUACUUGAAAAUGUUUCCUCGUGUAAAGAAUGUUUCCUCAUUUUGUUUUGUUUUAAAGCUGCUUCUAACUUAUUGACUUUUAACUCAGUGAACUUUGCUUUGCAAUCAAAGGCCCAUACUUUUGGCCAUGUGAUAUGUAUGUGUAUAUAUUUUUAAAAUAGCCAAAUUCCUGUGAACUGGGAGAUGUAAAUCAGUAGAGAACAGGAGGCUGAUGGGAACAGGAAUUAUUUUUCCCUUUAAUUCAGUUCUGGUCAUGCCUGUGUAGUAGUGAAAUGGUGCUCAGCACUGAGCCUUGUUAAGCUGGAGCUGCUUAUGUAGGCGUGGUAUUUCUGGGGGAUAGCGCCUUUAUCUCAUUAGUUCAGUUCUGACUAUAUGUGUGCCUGCCUCAGCGCUCCCUGAGACCAAACACAUGGACACCUGUGAAUCUAUGUCCGUGUAAGACUGAUCCAAGCUGCCAUUGCAACAUUUUUUUUAAAUCAAAUGAAAACAAGGUGGGCCAAGUGUCGUCCCUGUACUGACCUUUGUGACUUCAACAAGGGUUGUAGCAGGGAUGAAUGAGUGUUGUGUUUUGCAGGGCUUCUUCCCCAAUGGGAAGGAAUGUGCAAUAAGAAAACCUGAACAGCCAGCAUGUAAUGUCAUGCUCCAUUUCUGUGAUCCUUCCUGUUAGGUUUGAGUCAUGUGCAGCCAUGGAAAGGACAGAAACUGUGGAGAAAGGUUCUUAUUCCUCUACUUCUUGGUUUGAAACUGCUUGCUUGCUCUCCUGCCAUGUAAUAGACCUGGUUUCUGGUGAAAGAGAACACACACAUCUGCUCUUCUAGUACUGCAGCAUAUGGGUCCAAGGCCCAUGUCUGAGGAAAGACUGUAGAAGGCCUCCUCAUUAUUUCUAAGGGGCACUGAGUAAAGGCUGGUCAUAGACUCUGAGGCCGGAAGGGAUCACCACCUCAUCCAGACUGACCUCUUGUGUAUCACAGGUCACUGCACACUAAACCCAACCACCAAAGUUUUACAGCCUCAAGAGACCAAAUUUCUAUGUGCCACAGGCAGAGAACGGGUGAGUUCUCAGGCCUGACAGUUGUCCCACUUUGAAGCCUCUUAUCUCAAGGAUUCUAAAUGGGCCUUGUUUUUGCAAACUAAUUGUUUUUAUGACUCCAGAAUAAAGUCUAAACAAGGGUCGCUUUGUGGACUAGUGAAACGGAUGGUGACAGACAGUAUUGGAAUCCUUAAAUUAAACACUUCAGUAUAGCGCACACACCCUAGCAGAGAGAACAUUGUAUAGUUCACACACUCAUCAUGGUCCCGUUAAACCCAGUGGGCCUUAUUCUCCUCCCUUUGGUGUAAAUCCAGCGUUUCUCCAUGGAAAGAAGCAGGUUACACCAGAGUACAACUGGUAUAAGUGAGAGGAGAACCAGACACACUGUAGGGGCUUAGUUUGAUACUGCUGAGCAUUAUUUAGCUGUGUUACCUUGGCGUGUACCAUUUUCCACUUGUUUGUAUUUAAAAAAACAAAAAACACCCCCCUCUCCACCAAACUACUGCCUUGUGAGGCAAAGUCUGGAGUGAAGUGCUUUGUCCAGUCCUUGUUAUCUUACAAGGCAACAGAGCAGCAUCUUCUCCAGAAACUUAUUCUGAAAGAGAUCGGUCCCAUAACCUGUGUUUGAAAAUGCUGCCCUGUGGCCUACCAACUACAGUGAGAUCGCAGCUCAGACUGCUGGGUUGCACUGAUGUUGUAAAUAGGUAGUUGCAUAAUUGAUCAUGUAGCCUCAGUAGCCAGGGGUUAAUAGGAAGGGCAAUUAAUGGAACGUUUUGUAAAGACUAUUACUGAUAACUGAAUACUGCGUUAUGGAUAUUGUGCUUCUGGAUAUACGGAAUCAGAUAAGUUAAUAUGGAAAAGACUCAUUAAAUGUAGUCCAGCUUCUGA